GUCGCUUAACUAUUUUUUCACAGCAAUCUUUCCCUUAUCAAGACUUGAAAAAAAUAGAUAAAUGUGGAGGAUCGAGAUUGGAUCGAGGAAUGGCCAGCAAGUACGACAAUAUAUAAGGGCUAGAAAGCAAGCUGCAAUAAAGAAUCGAACUUUAUUAAGGACACACCUAGAUCCUCUAUAGACGCGCCAGACCCCUUAGCGGCCCUCGGAUCCUGACGCUUAUACCACAUUGCCGAUACCUCUGUGGAUCAUCCGGCGAGACGAGGCGACAGGCAACCCAGUACCUGGAAAACCGAAUUCUACCUCCCUUUUACCUCUUAAUUCUCUUUCAAAAGCUGCACAAGAUACAGAACGAUGGCGCCAGCGACCGAGAGCGCUCCAGCAGCGGCCCCCGAAGCCGCGGCCACCUCUAAUGUGGGCAUCAACGCCGUCCUGCUCGGGCCGCCUGGAUCCGGGAAAGGAACUCAGG